AUGAGACCUCCACUACACAAGUCGGGAAACUCCCAUAAUCGGCCAGCGGCCAUAGGAAAGUUUCUAUCUCUCAAGCUGAUGCUACCCAUUGCUCUACUUAUUUCGGUAUGUGUCAUUGCUGUCGCCCAGUACCACCAAAGCAUCACCUACUUCUUACGGCCACUGUGGGACACACCGCCUAAACCUUUCACCCGUAUCCCACACUACUAUGCCCCCAACACCUCCAUGGCCGAGCUGUGCAAGCUCCACGGCUGGCGCGUCCUAUCCUCCCCUCGCCGCGUCUUCGACGCCGUCCUCUUCAACAAUGAGCUCGACAUCCUGGAGAUCCGCUACCGCGAGCUCUUCCCGUACGUCCACAAGUUCGUCAUCCUGGAGGCCAACGCCACCUUCACCGGCAUCCCCAAGCCGCUCUCCUUCUCCCAAAACCUCAACCGGUUCGCAUUUGCGCGUUCAAAGAUCCUCUACGACAGGCUCCCGAUCGGUAGGCUGGACCCCGAUCAUCGCCGACAGCCCUUCGACGUGGAGGCCAGCCACCGCCGCGCGCUCAACGCCCUGCUACGAAGGUCGGGCAUCGCCGCGGGGGACGUCCUCAUCAUGGCGGACGCCGACGAGAUCCCGAGCCCGGAGACGGUGCAGCUGCUGCGGUGGUGCGACGGGGUGCCGCCGGUGAUGCACCUCGAGCUGGAGAACUACAUGUACUCCUUCGAGUUCCCCGUGGACCACAGCAGCUGGAGGGCGACGGCACAUCUCUUCAACGAGCGAACGGGGUACCGCCACUCCCGUCAGAGCGACCUGAUUCUGGCCGACGCCGGGUGGCACUGCAGCUUCUGCUUCAGGGAGAUCAGGGAGUUUGCAUUCAAGAUGAAGGCGUACAGUCACGCGGACAGGGUGAGGCGGGAGAGCUUCCUCGACCCGGCCAGGAUCCAGAGGGUCAUAUGCAGCGGGGACGACCUGUUUGACAUGCUCCCUGAAGAGUACACCUUCAGAGAUCUCUUCAAGAAGAUGGGACCCAUACCCAGCUCAGCCUCUGCCGUUCAUCUGCCGUCCUAUUUGAUUAAGAAUGCAGACAAGUUCAGGUUCUUGCUUCCUGGUGGGUGUCUCAGAUCAGAGUAA